GGCGGACGUGUGCGUUGUUGAUUAGUUUGUUUACAUUUUCUCCGUUCAAGAAAUUGCGUCCCACAUUUUUAUCUGUUCCGACAAAGUGAUGAAGUGAAGUGUCGAAUUUCUUACAGAUGUAAUCAGUUUCAUUUUCUUUUAUGUGAAAAAUCAUCGCUCUCCAGUGUUUCUUCAGUACCGUUUGGGUAAGUUCCAAUGCCUUUGGUGUACCGCUGUUUCCAGGCCUGGGUCAACGGAUCAAUUUUGCCAAACAUCUGCAGUCAUUGCAUAAUUUCUCCGCUUAUCAACUGAUUUAGCUGAGUUGGUAUCCUGGACUUUCAUCAAAGAGAUCACAAGAAGAAAAUGAGAGGUCGACCUCCCAAAAUCAAAUCAGUGUGCACAUGGUGCAGAGAAGCAAAACAACCACUCUUAUUUCUCUUUCCAACACAAAACGGCAAAAAGGAAUUUUGUUCUGCAGUAUGUUUAUCUGAAUUUCGCAGGGCUGCCUGUAUGCAGUGCGGUAACGUGAUUCUUGGUACUCCAGUUCGUUUAGAGUCUCCUAGCACACCCUCUAAAAGUUUUUGCACUUCAGUCUGUCUGACAAAACAUCAAAAGAAAGACACCAAGAAUGACGAGAAAUUCAAAUUCAAUGAGUGUAAUGAUGUAUCUAAAGUGGAAUCUUCUACAUCCUCAAGUCCAUCUCCCAACUAUCCAUCCUCUGGUUAUAAAUCAGCAGCAUCAUCAGCCAAUAUACCCAAAGUUUUCAAUUGGUCAUCUUACCUUCAAGAAACCCACAGUAUGCCUGCUCCUAAAAAAUGCUUCAAGCAACACUUAAAUCCACCAGAGAACAUGUUUGGAAUCGGAAUGAAACUGGAAGCUACAGAUCCACGCAAUGUGACCUCAACUUGCAUCGCAUCUGUAAUAACUACUUUGGGCUCACGCUUAAGAUUGAGACUCGAUGGAUCAGAUGACAAAAAUGAUUUUUGGCGUCUUGUAGAUUCAAAUGAAAUUCACCCGAUCGGUCAUUGCGAGAGCUCAGGAGGAAUGCUUCAACCACCCUUAGGAUUCCGAAUGAAUGCCUCCUCCUGGCCUGUAUUUUUGUUUAAAACAGUCAAAACAGCAAAACUGGCGCCUGAGGAAGCCUUCAAAGCAGAACCACCUACACCCAAACGCAACUUGUUCGAAGUCGGAAUGAAGCUAGAAGCUGUUGACAAGAAAAACCCUCAACUCAUUUGUGUUGCCACAAUUGGCGCUGUGAAAGAUGACAUGAUUCAUGUGACUUUUGACGGUUGGAGAGGUGCUUUUGACUACUGGUGUCGGUAUGAUUCUCGUGAUCUCUUUCCCAUCAAUUGGUGCUCUGAGAGUGGGCAUCCAUUGCAGCCACCCGGUGAUAAAUCAAUUCACCGUUAUAAGCAGAACCCUGUGACGACGAUUCCAGUGCCCAAAGCAUCUCAGGUUACUAUCACUGAGCCGGACACAUCAACAACUCAGAAGUCCUCCGAAGCCGCGGCUGUUAAUAGUGGGGAGGUCAGUGAAGGGAGUGAAAAUAGUGAGAAUAGUGAAGUCGGGGAAACAAGCGAGAGUAGUUGCGGUGAAGCGAAAGUUUCGAGCAAUAAAAUGCGCCGAGAGAGCAACAGCAGUAGUAGUGGAUAUGAUACAAGUAACAGAAAUUUGAAUGUUAAAAAUGAUUUAAGUCAUGAAAGCAACAACAACAAAAGACGAUGCUCAGCCGAAACGACCACUCCAUCCUCGCCCUUAGAGUUCUCUCCUCCACCCGCCAAGAAGACCUGCAAAUCGCCUCCAGCUGAAUUAGAGGCAGCAUCGUCAACAACACAAUCAGAAACACCUACCAAGCUCGCUGUUGAUCCUAGUGUGUGGAGUAUUGAAGAUGUGAUUCAAUUCAUAACUACAACAGAUCCAUUGUUAGGAAUACAUGCAGAUAUUUUCAGAAGACAUGAAAUCGAUGGAAAAGCUUUUAUGCUCCUUAACUCGGACAUGAUGAUGAAAUAUAUGGGACUAAAACUUGGACCAACAUUGAAGAUUUGUAACAUCGUUACAAAACUCUGUAAAGGCCGCCGCCAUUGAAAUAUUUCCGUGGUUUUACUCUUAUCUCUCUGUCUAAUUUCCUCAGCAGAUAUCCCUUUCCUUCACUAAUUUUCAGUUUUUCUUAUAUCUCAUCAAGUGCUCAAAAGUCAUCAACUCAGUUUGAUUUCAAGAAUAUUUUGUAUUUUGGCAUAUGAUCAAAUUAGAGAUGCCCACUAUAUUCUCGCCAAUUUAGACAUUGGUACCUGUGCAUUCAGUCAAAGAAUUCUUUUUUCUUUCUCGUGAGGUAGAUCUUUUUUCAAGAUCUUUACAGAAGUUUUUCAAAACACUGAUGAACAUGAACAUUUUUGAAGUCGCACCUUCCUUCCCUGAGUUUGACCACCUCUUAAAAUUUUGAGAAGAAGGUAUUCCUACCACAAUACCACAACCUGUGAUGAAUCUCCAUUUUAAAAGUUAUUCAUGAAAACCUUUAUCCGAGGCCACAUUCCUGUAACAAAUCCUCAAGAGUUCUUUAUAAAACCGGACCUACUGUUUCUAAUACGUUUGCCGAUGUAUUGAAAUGAAACAUUCUUUCCUCACAGAAACUAAUGAGCACCCAUGAAAUAUUUGAAUGCAGGAAGUUGAUGAGUAAAACAAGUAGCAAGAGUAAUUUUUUAUCCUAAACUUAGUGUCUAAUAAGAUGUUUACUUACUAGUCAUGAAAAUUAAGUUUUGCCAAUAUAAUUAUAUGUUCAUCUUUUUGGAAGGUUACAUCCCCACUCAGCACGUGGUUGCCACAGGUGUUUACGAAAACGUUGCGACAACAUUUUGCCAUGUUAUUUUUGGCCAUUGCUGGGUGGGUGAGAUGAUAAUGUUUGGUUAAUAGAUGUUUUCUAUUCCUAAUUCAUCUAGUUCCAGUAUCCAAGAGCUGUACUUUGGAAAAUGUUGUAUUUAUAUUUGAUUUGUAUUUUUAAAUUUUUUCUUCGAGGUCAGUUAUAGACCCUUGACUUUUUUGUUCAUUUGUUAUUGAUUUAUCUGUUUAUUAAUAGUAUAGAAGUGUGUUUUCCUUGAUGAUCGGUUGAGCCAAAAUGCCGCGACAAUGGUGGUGAGAUCAUAAUUGGAUCAUAAUCAGGUUGGUAAAUAUUUGAAGUUAGACUUUCGGAAUUGAUGCUGGUUGGAUACCAUCAUCUUCAUCAGGUCAUUUCUGAACCCUACUUUUCGUAGAAAUAUAUUUUGGCUCCAACACUUCCAAGAAUUCCACUUUCUAUUUGUCCCAAAGUUGUUCCGAAAAAUUAUGAUUGCGUCAAAGUAUAGUACGAAAUCUUUUUGGCUUAACCGAUCAUUAACAAAAAUAUGCUUAAUAGUAAAGUAUGGCUCCCAUACCUAUCCUCCAUUCCUUUCAAUCUGAAACGACUUAUGAACGGAAAAAAUGUCGAAGUAGUGUGCACUGCUGGGGGUGCUGGCCAUGUUUUAUCCCACAAAUUAAGUUGUUCCAUUUUGUCCAAAUGUACCUAAUUUAUUCAUUUUCAUUAUUAUUUUACUUUUCUCAUUGUUUCUUUUGAUUAUUUCUUGUUCAAAAUUUUCCCUUAAAUUUUCUCACUGAAAGUAGAUCAGUAAGAAAAUAAUUGAUCUUUUUGUCCUAUAUAUUUGUGUACAUAUCCUAAAGACUUUAAUUUUCUUCUCAAGAUUUGAAUGUUUUUUCUCUGUUUUGUUAAAAUGGGACAGCAAGCAAUGCUUUAUAGAGUGGAGAAAAAUCACCCGUUGAGCUGAUUACUUGAUGGUUAACAUUCUCUUCUGAAACGCAAACAUAUGGAGUUGAAAAAUUUUAACAAAUCAUUUUCUUUUGAAAAUGUUGAUCUCGUAAAGCUAACUCAGUCUUAAAAUCGAGUUUUCUCUUCAAAAAAUCUUUAUAGAUAUUAUUAUUUUAUUAUUAUUGCAUUGGUGUUCUAUUUGACCAAGUCUUAUCUCUGUCUCUAAGAAUAACAUUUUGAAUGAUGAAGUUUGAGAAAUGUGUAUUAUUAUCAAUUUUUUUCUAUGAAGACCGAAUACACUUACAUCUACAUUUAAAUGUUACUAAAAUGGUUUGUAAAUGAUCUCCAUUAAAUAACUCUAGUUUUAUUAAGGAGUGUUAAUUUCCAACACUGUAUUUGAAAAGCAUAUCUCAGUUCUGUAAUUUCAAUUUUAUUAUUAUUAUGUUUUCUUGACUUUUCGCUAAUUUUUUUUUAAACAUCUAAAUGAACGAUAAUUUAUUGUGAGGCUGAUUCAUCUCAUAUUUUAUGUGUUUCAUUUAUCAUUCAGUGUAUUUUAAUGUUUAUCUAUGAAAGUACAGUCUGAUUGAGUUCCCUUACAUCCAAUAGAUCCAUUCUCAAACAAACAUGUGAAACUUGUGAAUCAUUGUUCUCGUCUUGUCGCAGUAGAAAUUUGAUGUAAAGAAAAAAUAUUCAAGUAGUGGAAAGAUACAAACCAUAUUUUUAUGAUUAAGUAAGAUAAUUACCUUGUAAGAUCUUAACUUUAAUUCUUAACUGAUUCGUGGCUCCUCAACCAUUUUGAUUAAGUAUCUCAUAAGCUUCUUGUGCAUUUGAAAAUACGUAGAAUGAGUUAAGUAUGCUGAGUGGCAGCUUAACAUGAUUUAAAUGAAUGAACACUAAGUUUGGCUACAACAGCAUUUUCUUGAGCACCAAGUGAAAGUUGAAAACAACAAAUAGUCAGCAAAUUUUCACAAUCUGAUGUGAUACAAUUUUUAAAUCGGUGAACAUUUAGAAUGAAUGAAUGUUCACCCAAUGAAUGUUUCCUAAUGUUUGAAGAAUUUUUCAACCAGUCGGAGUCAAAAAUGGAUGAAUCAAAGAAAUCUGCAAAAAUGAAUAAUUUAAUUUGCAGACAGCAGGCUGGAAAGAAAAUAGUAUCAAUUAAAUCUGAACCUUAACUGUUUCUAUGGAUUGGGUCCAUGUACUUUUACGAAAAUGCACUUAGCACUUAAUUUUGAACCGUAGAAACUUUAAUUGAGAGUAUUGUACAUUACUAAUAAAUGAAAACAGGACUUUUUGAGGCGCAACAAAUAAUUUAUGAUAUGAUUAAAGUAAUAUUGAUUUAUGUUACCACUGGUUGCAUUAAUUCAAUUAUGGGUUCUCCUUUCCAGGUAAAUUCGAAAUUUUCAGUUGUUGGAACAGGUUUAAAUGUGACACCAACGAAUAUGAUGAGAAAAAAAGCAAAAAAACUUUAAUAUGAUAUGAUGAGAGAACAUAUCUUAUUUGAUCCUGAAAUUUCACCCAGUGUGUUCGCAAAUUUAAACCAUUUUAACUAUAAAUUUUUUGAUCACUCAUUUCUUUAAAGAAGCAGUUUGCCUCUGAAUAUAUGUAUCUAUGUGAAUACCUCUGUAAGGGUCACGAACUGGUUUUUGACUGCUGGUUGUAUUUUUCAAUCGUGUCAAAAUGCACUUAAGAGUAUGCUUUCAUUGAUUUUAGUUUGUAAGCUGUUGUUGUUCUUUUAAGUCAUGAAAUUCUUUCAACUGAUAAGCAUUGUGAUAAGAUUGUUAUCAAAACUUAUAAUUUUAUUUUUGAUUCGAUUGUAAACAUGUAAUUAAAGUUUAUUCGCAAGGAGUCUUUAGUUUUCAGAUGUUGAUGGUUAAUUUAUUGUUACUGAUUGUAUUUUGAAAUGAAGGUUGUGGCACCAAGAAAAUGGCAACUUUUGCAUUGUUGAACUGCAUGCUUAUUUCAUGUGUUAUACUUGAAAUUUUUCUCAAGUUAAGAGAAACUUUAAAAACUUGGGGGGAUGGAUCGAUUAAAAGUUAAAGCAGAUACUCUGUUAGCAACAUGUGCAUGGGUAACAAUAUGGAGCCACUGUUAACAUUCUGCCUACCCUAUUGCCAACAGAGGUAAUGGUAGUUGUGCUGCGUAACUUUUCUGAACAGUUAUCAUACAAAUUUUAAUUGCAUGGAGGUUGAUUUUGAUAACGUUUUCUGUUCGUUUUAUGAAGCAUGGAUUACUGUGAAAUCAAGGAAGCAUGGUAUACUUCGAAAUCAAGACAUUAACUAUGCUAAAGUUGUAUAUUUCUUAGUGGCAUUAACCUUCUCCUUGUAUAAUGUCAUGUAAAAUUAUUGUUGUUGCGUAGACUCCGCUUUCUACAGCAGCAACUACAGUAUACCUACAUGAGAAUGGAUUUGAAUAAAUUGUGAAAUUGGUACAUA